AUAGAUCGGCUGCGGAGAGUUGUCCCCAAAGCUGCCAUGAGCAAGCGGAACCAGGUGUCGUACGUUCGGCCAGCCGAGCCGGCCUUCCUGGCCCGCUUCAAGGAAAGAGUCGGCUACAGGGAAGGGCCCACCGUAGAAACCAAGCGAAUCCCACUUCAGCCCCCAAGUGAAGAUGGUGAUCACAGUGACAAAGAAGAUGAACAGCCUCAGGUGGUGGUCUUAAAAAAGGGAGACCUGUCAGCUGAAGAAGUCAUGAAAAUUAAAGCGGAAAUAAAGGCUGCUAAAGCAGAUGAAGAACCAGCCUCAGCUGAUGGACGAAUCAUGUAUCGAAAGCCAGUAAAGCGUUCUUCAAAUGAACAAAACUCAGGCUUAACAGCAAGCUCAAAAAAGAAGAAGACAAAUGAAGAUGAAAUAAACAAACAGGACUCAAUUAAGAAGAAUUCACAAAAGCAAAUCAAAAACAGUAGUCUCCUUUCUUUUGACAAUGAAGAUGAAAAUGAGUAAGUGUAAACAUUUUGGACUUAGUCUUCUUUAAGUGUACAUUGGAUUUUUUUUUAUAAAAUAACACUUUUUUCUAUUAUAUAUUGGGUUGACAGAAAAGUCAUGUUAUAUUUUUUCUAUGUUUUUCAAGCAAAAUAUGUCAUGACUUCCAACAAUCCAAUAGUUACUACAGGGUCAUUAUAGAAAAAUUUCUAAAAUACAUGAAAAACUUAUUAAGAUAAAAACUGUGUCCUUCCAUCAAUGUCCCUUUGAAAUGCCAACCUGUAAAUGUUAUUUACUAUUGUUAUUUCUCAUGUAGGAUGUAUAUCUAUGUAAAUUACAUGUUUUUAACAAAAUUGAGAUUGUAUUGUUUUUGAGAUUGUUACGUGCUUCUCGCUUGACAUUAUAUUGUGUUUUUCCAGGACAGAAAAAUUGAAAAUCUGGAUAUAAGUAUCUACUAAGAAUUUCAUAAAAAAAGAGAUCCCGUUGUAUCUUCCUCAGUAGCAUAACCCCAUUUUAGAUAGGGAAGAUGAUCAUAUACCAAGUUAUUAAUACCUCCCCAGCUCCUUCUAAGGGAAGCCAUGUAACAGCUCUGGUAAAUAAGAGAGACAAGGGAGACAAGUGGAUCUUUUCCAAGUGAGGAUCUAAUACGUGAUCUUGACACAGGUCAAUAAUGUAUAACAUGGUGACUGUAGUUGAUAGCACUAUAAAAAGAAAGCUGCAAGUGCAAGUCUACCUAAUAAAGCCACUGGGUUUUUUAUAUAGAAAGACAAGAUUUAGCAAACAUGAACUUUUAUCCUCUCGUCUCGUCUAGAGUGCAGACUUGAUAACCCAGGAGGUCCAGGCCACUUUCAGAUAUAAGGAAGGCAGCCCCUUGCUCUAGGGGGUUCAGUGGAAAGACUCAGGAUCCUGGACCCUGUGACAUGCUUCUAGGAGCUACUGCGCCAGCCCUGGACUGCAGGCCUCAACUUCCUGGAAUACAAGAAAUAGCACCUUUCAUUUAAGUCUGUCAGGUUUGUGGUACAUGCAGCCCACGUGAUACAGUAGUCGGGUAGACAUGCUAUACAGAAAUCUCUGGGCAAGAUUCUGGUGAUUUCCUUAGAACCAGAAUUCCUAGAUCAAAGUAUUUUAAUAUUUGUUAAAACUUUCAUAUUUACUUUCAAAUUGCUUUUUAGGGUGUUUUACCAUUUUGUUAGUUUACCAUCUAUAAGAGGCACUACACUUUAUCUGAGAUUAGAGUGCACCAGCCUUUACAUGUGUUGUCAAAGUAUGUGUUGAAAACUGUUUAAUAGUUAAAUUUAAUUGGCGUUUUCUUUGAUCCACCAUGGAGGCUAAACAUUUCAAGUGUUAACAUUUUAGGUUUCUGUUUUUAUUUUUUGUUUUCCCUUAGUAUUUUUCUUACUAAUGUACGAAUUAUGUAAUCUGUCAGAUUUUGUUAUUGUUUCCCCACCUCAGUAUCAGAUUAAGAAGUAUCUAUAUUUAUUUCAUUUGAAAUUAAUUUUGUCAUCCUUUACCACAAAUAACUGUCCCGGAAUCACAUCUGUUUCUCACUUGAAAUACCUCUGCAAGUUCUCUAAGUGUUGGAUCAAGAAAAGGAGAAAAACGCUGUAAAUUCUGAGCCUUUCUAGGUAAUCCAUCAAGCCCCUGUUUAAUCCUAACAAUUUUCCUCAUUUCUUCAAGUCAGCCAAAACUGGAGACUUGUUAGAAUUCCACCCUUCACCAGCCACAUCAAUCUGAAUUUAUGAAUUUCAGAGCAUCGUACAUUAGUACAUCUCUUUCUCCUUUUUUAAAACCUACUGUCACAUAAUUUAUGUGAGUUGACUAGGGAUCCCUGAGAGGCUCUAGAAAGUAUAGACAGUCCUAAAGAUAUUCUGCAGUUGUUUGUUACAUAAGUCAAGUGAUUUUCUUAUCUAUUAUCACUAUGUCUUGUACCAACCCCACAUCAAGUCUUAAUAUGUCUUACUGUCUAGAGAGAGGGACUUUGUCUAUUCACUGCUGCAUCCUUAGUACCCAUAACAGUAACUAGCAGAUGAAAAGCAUAAAAAAUAUGAGAUGAAUGAGUGUUUUUCUGCUGUUUAAUAGACCAGUGAAUCUUAAAGUGUGAAUUUCACAUGAGCAGUAUUAGAUUCCUGCUAUCUUAAGAACAAGUUUUCAGGAAACUUACAGCAGUUUUAUUCAUAAUUGCCAAACUAAGAGUCAACCAAGAUGUUUUUCAGUAUGUGGAUAAACUGGUAUAUCCAGGUAAUGGACUGUUCAGCAUUUUAGAAAAUCUAGUUAGCAAACCAUGAAAAACAAGGGGAAACUUGAAUACACAUCAAUCAGUGAAAGAAGCCGGUCUAAAUGGAUCACAUAUGUGCAAUGCCAACUACAGGACAUUCUGAAAAAGAUAAAACUAUGGCAACAAUAAACAGAUCAGUGAUUGUUAGUAUUUGGGAGAAAUAACUAAUUAGUGGAGUGCAUAGUAUUCUCAGGAGUGAAACUAUUUUCUAUGAUACCACAUGGUCGGUUUUUGUCCAGACCCAUAGAAUGCACAACUUUAAGAGUUAACCCUAAAGUAAAUUAUGACUUUGGGUGAUAAUGAUGUGACACAUUGUAGGCUCAUUGGUUGUAGCAAAUAUACCACCCUAGUGCAGGAUGCUGUUGAGGGGAGACAACAUAAGUGGGUGCAAGAACUUAAGGAUACUGUAUACUCUGGACUUUCUCACUUGUGAGCCUGAAACUCUUCUAGAAAAUAAGAUCCAUUAGCAAAAUGGAGUAAGAUUUGUGUUUUCUUGUUUAUAAUCAUCUUUCUGAAACAAAAAGAACAAAUAACAUUGGUUGGGGGUGAGUGGGGUAACAGCUGGAAAGGCUUGUCCUUAUUUACCUUCUUGUACCAUAAAUAGUUUAAAUCUUGUACCAUAAAUAGUUUAAAUCAUGUCAUUAAAGGUUAAUGACAUUUUAAAAAUGAGAUAAAAAGAUUGUGCUCUCUAAAAAUCCAAAAGCAAUAAUUUAAAAUUAAAAAGCUUAAUAUAGACUAAAGACUUAAAAACAGUAAUAGCUGUCAAGAGCACAUACUAUGUGUUAGGCACUGCUCUAAGUGAACUAGUUGAUUUCUAAAGGGGGAGAUGCCAGUAACAUAAAUAUUAAAUCAGUAGAGUUAAUGAUACAGCUAUGCAACGUCUAU